GAGCCUGCUGCCAGGAGCUAGAGACCUCACUUACUGGGAGUCAGCAUGUCAGCUGUGGUCCUGGAGAACCCAGUGCUGAGCAGAAAACUCUCAGACUUUGGGCAGGAAACAAGUUAUAUUGAAGACAACUCCAACCAAAAUGGAGCCGUGUCACUGCUAUUUUCACUCAAAGAGGAAGUCGGUGCCCUAGCCAAGGUCUUGCGUUUGUUUGAGGAGAAUGACAUCAACCUGACUCACAUUGAAUCCAGACCUUCUCGUGUAAACAAAGAUGAGUACGAGUUUUUCACGCAUCUGGACAAACGUAGCAAGCCUGCUUUGGGCAGCAUCAUCAAGAGCUUGCGGCAUGACAUUGGUGCCACUGUCCAUGAGCUUUCCCGAGACAAGGAGAAGAACACAGUGCCCUGGUUCCCAAGGACCAUUCAAGAGCUGGACAGGUUCGCCAAUCAGAUUCUCAGCUAUGGAGCAGAGCUGGACGCAGACCACCCGGGCUUUAAAGAUCCUGUGUACCGGGCAAGACGAAAGCAGUUUGCUGACAUUGCCUACAACUACCGCCAUGGGCAGCCCAUCCCUCGGGUGGAGUACACAGAAGAAGAGAAGAAGACCUGGGGGACAGUGUUCAAGACGCUGAAGGCCUUGUAUAAAACGCAUGCCUGCUACGAGCACAACCACAUUUUCCCACUUCUGGAAAAGUACUGCGGGUUCCGUGAAGACAACAUUCCCCAGCUGGAAGAUGUUUCUCAGUUUCUUCAGACCUGUACUGGUUUCCGCCUCCGACCUGUUGCUGGCUUACUGUCCUCUCGAGAUUUCUUGGGUGGCCUGGCCUUCCGAGUCUUCCACUGCACACAAUAUAUCAGGCAUGGGUCUAAGCCCAUGUACACACCUGAACCUGACAUUUGUCAUGAACUGCUGGGACAUGUGCCCCUGUUUUCAGAUCGCAGCUUUGCCCAGUUUUCCCAGGAAAUCGGGCUUGCUUCUCUGGGUGCACCUGAUGAAUACAUCGAGAAACUAGCCACAAUUUACUGGUUUACUGUGGAGUUUGGGCUCUGCAAGGAAGGAGAUUCCAUCAAGGCAUAUGGUGCGGGGCUUCUGUCAUCCUUUGGUGAAUUACAGUACUGUUUAUCAGACAAGCCAAAACUCCUGCCCCUGGACCUAGAGAAGACAGCCUCACAGGAGUACAACGUCACAGAGUUCCAGCCCCUAUACUACGUAGCAGAGAGUUUCAAUGACGCCAAGGAGAAAGUGAGGGCCUUUGCUGCCACAAUCCCCCGGCCUUUCUCGGUUCGCUAUGACCCCUACACUCAAAGGGUUGAGGUCCUGGACAACACUCAACAGCUGAAGAUUUUGGCUGACUCCAUCAACAGUGAGUUUGGAAUCCUUUGCAGUGCCCUGCAGAAAAUAAAGACAUGAACAGAAAAUGAUGUCACGGGUAGAACUUGAGAGGUCAAUCAAAAUUCUGCUGAUAGAAAUAUAAUAACUGCUUCCUCAUCUAAAGAGAAAAAUCUUUAAUUUGAUAUGUCGGCUUUUAUUACUUAAUGCUAACACAGUGGAGCAUCACCAAAUGAAUAAAAAUUCUCUUAAAGUGUAUUAAACCCUCUCAGGGUAACUCAGAAUCAUCUUUGAUUUAGACAUCUCAUACAUUCAAUUUAGAUUAAAAUGUAAUUUCUCACCUCUCAUCAAUAUUCAUCAAAUUUGUGACCCUUAUAAUUCAUGAUUCAUUUAUUUGUUUUUGCCUUCCAGGUAAGAUGUAAAGGAAUAUGUUAUAUGGCUUAGUGUGAAACAUAAGAUUGUCCUCAUGAAUGAAUUAUUCAGUUCAGUACAAAUCUCAAACUGUGAAGCUUAGCUUCUAUGUUCAUCCACUAUGGCUCUGAGAACUGAUUCAUUAUCCUGCCUCUGUAAAUCUCCUCUUAUUUGAGACUCUAUCAAGAUAGUUACAAGCAAUAAAGUUUUAGAUCAUUGUACAAAACA